AUGUCUACUCCCGCCGUAGUUCGAAUUGAAAAACCUUUCACUACAUCAGACCUCAAUCUUGGAAAAUUUAACUUCAAUUUUAAAGCGACUAACGUUACCGUUGGUCGGGCGGCAAAUUUCUCAUCAGUUGGUGCCGUGAGCGGCAGAUCGUGUGAUCAGCUGAUCGGUUCUAGAUCCAAUAUGGCGACGAUACGUAAUUGCAGUGGAGAUAGACCGAGGUCGCGGUGCCUCAUUGCGCUUACUCCGCAACCACAGCUGAACAUCAGCCUAUACCCUUCUGUGGUGGUCUAUUGGCCCGUUACGCUGUACGCUCGGGCCUGUUUCUGGUCGGGCGGCGAGAUACCCUUACCCGCCGGCAGACCCGCGCUUACGGUGGCCGGAGAUCGUCUCUUGAUCCCUGACGCUCAGGGUGUCGCCUCUCGAUCCCCAACGCCCGGAGUGUCGCCUGCUGCGGCGGAUGGAGCUAAAAAACCCACGAGCCACGGAUCCCCGCCACACAAUAUGUCCAUUGUGCGCGGAUUAAAUUAUAUUUCUAAGCGAAUGUACCAAGAUAUUGUCCUCGAGGAAAUUGUUUAUGUGACUUCUGAAACUACAGACUUCGGAGAUUUGUAG